AUGUCGAACAGACCUACCGUCGGUAUCGUCGGCGCAGAUGGCGCAAGCAGCGGGGAUACACACACUCUCCCAGCUGUCUUCAGCUCCCCAAUCCGACCCGAUAUUGUCCAUACUGUACACAGUGGUAUGGCCAAGAACAAGCGACAGCCAUAUGCAGUGAGUGAGAAGGCUGGUGAGCAGACUUCAGCAGAGUCAUGGGGUACAGGUCGAGCUGUCGCUCGUAUCCCUCGUGUCUCUGGUGGUGGUACACACAGAGCUGGUCAGGCCGCCUUUGGUAAUAUGUGCCGAGCUGGUCGUAUGUUUGCUCCUACAAAGGUCUGGCGAAAGUGGCACCAGAAGGUCAACCAGAACCAGAAGCGAUUUGCUGUUGCAUCUGCCAUCGCUGCUUCAUCAGUUCCUGCUCUCCUGCUUGCCCGAGGUCACCGAAUCGCAACCGUCCCCGAGGUUCCUCUUGUCGUUGCAUCAUCCGCUGUGAAAGGUCUCGUCAAGACACAAGCAGCAGUAACUCUGCUCAAGAGCGUCGGUGCAGGUCCAGAUGUUGUCAAGGCACAGAAGUCACGAAAGCUUCGAGCAGGUAAGGGUAAGCUGAGAGGUCGAAGAUACAAGCUGCGACGAGGUCCUCUGGUCGUCUACAGCCCAGAGACUGAUGGCAAGGAACUCGUUCGAGCUUUCAGAAACAUCCCCGGUGUCGAGACUUCGCCAGUCACUGCUCUCAACCUCCUCCAGCUUGCACCAGGUGGUCACCUUGGCCGCUUCAUUAUCUGGACGUCAGAUGCUUUCAAGGCUCUAGAUGACAUCUACGGAUCUACCACAGAAGCCUCCUCAUAUAAGAAGGACUUCCUUCUCCCAACCAACGUUGUUAGCAACGCGGACAUCACCCGAUUGAUCAACUCAUCCGAAAUUCAAUCAGUUCUCAAGGAACCAAAGGGCUACGCAACCACCAAGAGAACCGGUGUACAGAAGAAGAACCCACUCAAGAACAGACAAGUAUUGCUCAGACUCAACCCAUAUGCUGCUCAAUACAGCAAGGACAAGGUUGGUCAGACAGGUGUAGAGCACAAGAAGCCUGAGCCACUCGGCGAGGACUUCAAGAAGGUGCUACACGAGAACUAA